GUAUAUAAAUGCAUUUGAUUCGCCACAUUUAUAGUUAACCAUUACUAAGUCGUUCAAUAAGAAUUUAGUGAUUCCACAAAUAUGAAGUCGUAUAUUGUUUUAAGCUUUCUGUGCUGUGCAUUUGCAGUAUUAUCUUCUUCAGAGGUCUUACCCACUCCAUCGCCGCCUCUUUUAAAGACACCAGCCUUACCAUCAUUUCGUGCACCGAAACCUCCACCGAAACCAUCCUCAUCAACAAAUCGUAUACCGAAACCUCCUCCAAAGAAAUCAACGCAACCGGAACCGCCAUCGAAACCACAACCACAACCGCAACUUCCUCCUAAGACAUCAACGCAACCGAAACCACAACCCCAACCACAACCACAACCGGAAUCUCCUGCAACACAUACAUCACCGCCAUCCUCAACAGCAUUCCCUACACCGAGAUAUCCUCUGAUACUUCUAACAUCGCCACCUUCAUUGAAGUUUCUUACACCCAGACCACCUCCGCUUACAUCCUCACCGGCAAUUCCUACACCGAGGCCACAUCCAACGCCUACAUCCACACCGGCAAUUCCUACACCGAGGCCACCUCCAGCGCCUAAAUCCUCCCCAGCAAUUCCUACACCGAGACCACCUCCAUCUUCUGAAUUACUAUCCUUACGGGCACUUACUAGACUGAGUUCUCCUCCGACGCCUACAUCAUCGCCUUCGUCUAUUCAAUCGCCAUCGUCAUGAUAGAGAAACUUUGUCCUAAAGGAUAUUGAUUUGAUACAGAUGUAGUAUUCCAGAAAAUUGCGACAAUGAGAACAAAUAUGUUGGAGCAGGAUAUUACUUUAAAUAAAUGUUUGUUGUAGCUAUUGAAAUAAUAUUAUAUUUGAAGCCAUUAAAGACGAAUAAGU